GCGCGGGGACUGCCGGGAGCCCGGAAGUCCGCGGAUGGCGGUGGGUCCCGGCUGCCGGGCGGUCUGGGGCUGCCGGCCAGGUAAGCGCGCUCCCGGCCUCCCGGGGCAUGGCCGUCCGGGCAGGGGCCGCGGUCGCCGGCGCUGCCGUGGUGGCGGUGCUCUCGGCCGCGUUGGCGCUCUACGGGCCGCCGCUGGAUGCAGUGUUAAAAAGAGCAUUUUCGCUGCAUAAAGCACACUCAGUAAAGGACAUGGAAAAUACCUUACAGCUGGUGAGAAACGUGGUACCUUCUCUAACCACCAAGAAGCACAAAGGGCAGGAUGGAAGGAUCGGCGUGGUGGGAGGCUGCCGGGAGUACACUGGAGCCCCCUAUUUUGCAGCAAUCUCAGCUCUCAAAGUGGGCGCGGACCUGUCCCACGUGUUCUGCACCCAGGAGGCCGCGCCCGUGAUCAAGUCCUACAGCCCGGAGCUGAUCGUGCACCCCGUUCUAGACAGCCCUGACGCUGUCCGCGACGUGGAGCAGUGGCUACCCCGACUGCACGCCCUGGUGGUGGGGCCCGGCCUCGGCAGAGAUGACACUCUUCUGGAGAACGUCAAGGGCAUUCUAGAAGCGUCCAAGGCCAGGGGCGUCCCCGUGGUCAUCGAUGCGGAUGGGCUCUGGCUCAUCGCCCAGCAGCCGGCACUCAUCCAGGGCUACCGGAGGGCAGUCCUCACCCCCAACCACGUGGAGUUCGGCAGACUGUCCGAGGCUGUGCUGGGGGCACCUCUGGAUGGCGGGGACCGUCAUGGAGCUGUGCUGAGACUCAGCCAGGCCCUGGGCAAUGUCACCGUGGUGCAGAAGGGGGAGCAGGACGUGAUCUCUGACGGCGAGCAGGUGCUUGUGUGCAGCCAGGAGGGCAGCGGCCGCAGGUGCGGGGGGCAAGGGGACCUCCUGUCGGGCUCCCUGGGCGUCCUGGCGCACUGGGCCCUCCGCGCGGGCCCUGAGAAGACUGGCGGGCCCAGCCCGCUGCUCGUGGCCGCCUUCGGCGCCUGCGCCCUCACCCGGCAGUGCAGCCAGCAGGCCUUCCAGAAGCACGGACGCGCCACCACCACCUCCGACAUGGUCGCCGAGGUCGGGCCCGCCUUCCACAGGCUCUUCGAGGCCUGAGCCGGAGCCGCUGGAGGCCGGGUGCCGUCCACCCAGGUCCCCCGAGAGGUCUGCGCUCUGCAGGUUGACACAACGCCAGUUUGGAGCAUAGCGCUUUCUGCCGAAACUGAUAGGGAACGGUGUUGGUGAACUUUCCUCAGCCUCUGCAGCGUCAGAAAAGAACACAGAGAAUCGCGUGACGAGACAGUCUGACGGCGGCUCAGCCGGGCUGUGGGCUCCGCUGCUGCCUGGAGUGGACCCCGCGUCUGAGCGUCGUGUUCCUGCGAGAAGGGCCCUCGCUACUGGGCCCCUCGGGGGGUCCCGUCUCUCGUUCCCAAGUGUCUGUCAAUCAUGUUUUCUUUUUAAGUUGAGGUCCC